UGUUUUGAAAUGGCGUCCAAUCAAAGGGCGUUCACACAAAAAUUAUCAAAGCAACAUGCGGCGGAAGUGCGGAGAAACGUGGCUUGUCACGUUACGAAGGAGAGUUACGCACUUUCUUUGGCCACCUGGUGGAUGAACGAUUCGGCAGAGCCCAUGGAUUAUGAGGAUUAUUUAAACCAAUACCAACUUUUGAUCGAUAGAGAUCCUUUGCGAUCGAUGCUUGAUUUUCCUUAUGGUGAUGUCGAACUGGAGGUUAUACAAAGGCCGAUACGUACUCUAAAGCCGAUUAUACCGGAGGAGAAUAUUGACACCUUGCCUCCCCACGUGCAGGCAUGCGUUCGAUGUUACACAUCCGACUGGCACAUUAUACGCUAUCAACAUCGACACCUGAGCAGCAGCGUCUCCAAUCGUCAAACGAUACCAAAGCCUCUUUACCCCAGUCCGCAUCAAGAAUUCGAAAUUGACUUUCAGCAACCACCCUCAGAGUCGACAAGCGAUCUGGACAUUGCCUCAAUUUCAAGCAGUAGCCGUCAAAGUAUCGCCUCGUCCAAUUCCCUGUCUUCGUGCGGCGACACCUUGACGCCCAGAAACUCGUGGGCGUCCCUCGACCUAAGACACUCGGCCGGCGAUCCGCUAAUAUCGGAAAUUCUCGACAAUGCGACGCCUGAAACUUUGGAUCAGUUGAACGAGACGAGGAGGCAGGUCGAUCGGCAGGAGGCGCUGUUUUCCUUAUAUCCACUUUUACCGGAAGUCGAUGGUUCGGAACCAGUUGAACGGAGAUUUCUACCCGGUGUGCCCGUCGAGCAUACGGGCCAUAGGAUAUUAAUAAAAUGUCUUCAGCUGAAAUUGGAUCUGGAGGUGGAGCCACUGUUCGCGUCCAUGGCCUUGUACGACGCGCGUGAAAGGAAGAAGGUCUCUGAAACGUUCUACUUUGAUAUGAAUACGGAAAAUUUGAAACGUAUGAUGGGCGGACAUAUCUUGUAUAGUGACACCAGUACCCUUGCUCGAAGCUGCAUUUUUAAUAUCUCGAAUCCAAGUUCUGACCUUUUUUUAGUUAUACGCUUGGAGAAGGUUUUGCAGGGCGAUUUAAACGAGUGUGUGGAGCCGUAUCUUAAAGAUGAUAAGCAUAAUCGCGACAAGUUAAAGGCCAAUGCGGUGGCAACAUGCGAACGCUUGGGAAAGUACAGGCAAGCAUUUGCCUGGACCGGUAUCUACCUAAUGAAUGUUAUCAACGGUGGCAAUUCGUCGGAGAGGGAGAGUGAUCGUGAUUCGGCGAGCAUUUCAAGCACGAACAGUCUUGAACGUAAGAUGGCGAGUGGCGGCUUGGAGCAAUUGCGCAAACGCGCCAGCGACAUGGGAAGCUUAACUCGCCGCGGUUCGCUAGAAAGACGCGCCGAUAAAAGGCGAUCCUGGUCUCCCGAUCAUUUGGCUUCCAGUUUAGACUCGUUCCGGCCGAUUACGUUAACGGUUUCGUCAUUUUUUAAACAGGAAAGCGAGCGGUUUCGCGACGAGGACCUCUACAAGUGCUUAUUGGAACUGAAACGGCCCAACCUGAUCAUGAAGAAGCUUAAAUGUAUACCCGCAACUCUGAAGUUGGACAUCUCCCCUUGUCCUAAUGAAAUGAAACAUUGCCUGACAACUGAACUGGAACGCAUCGAUCCGUUUCCCGACGAGAAAAGCCGCCCAAUAAAGGAACUCUUGGAGUUUCCCGUAAAGGAAAUUUUAACGCCGCAUUACGUCUAUCGUAACAUGAUGUUCGUUAGCCCCAAAGAGCUUAACUUCUCGAAUCGUCAGGGUUCGGCACGUAACCUAGCGGUUCGUAUUCAGUUAAUGAACGGCGAAGGGGAAGCGCACGCGCUGCCCAACAUCUUCGGUAAGUCGAGCUGUCCAGAAUUCGCGACGGAAAUGUACACAACCGUCACGUACCAUAAUAAAUGCCCGGUGUUUUACGAUGAAAUUAAGGUUAAACUUCCCGCCGCUCUAAAGGAUAACCACCACUUACUAUUCACGUUCUAUCAUAUUUCCUGUCAGCGAAAAAUGGAGCAAGCCAUGGUGGACACUCCUGUCGGAUAUACAUGGUUACCGUUACUGCGAGACGGACGAUUGGUUUCCGGAGAGUUUUGCCUACCGGUGAUGUUAGAACCUCCUCCGUUAAAUUACAGUUAUAUUCCCGCGGACGUGUGCCUGCCCGGAACUAAAUGGCUAGACAAUCACAAGGGACUUUUUACCGUCUCUCUAGACACGCAAUCGUCGGUACAUACGCACGAUCCUUCAGUGGAGCGAUUUCUGUCGGCCUACGAUUGUAUCCAAACGGGCGUGAUUCCGGCACGACUGGGUGAGGCGGGGGUUGAAAACGAACUAAGAGCGGCAAUGUUGGGAUUAUCGGGAGCUCGGCCUGAGACGAUAAUAAAAAAUCUGCCCGUGAUAUUUGACAGCAUCCUACAACUUCUAGUACAGCCGCCUAAAAUUUCCGGUCAUACGAUUAACGUUGGACACACCUCGUUCGAAGCUUUGUGUCUGUUAUUAAAUAACAUAUCGAGUUUGCACGAAUUACAUGUCGACCAACAUUCGAGAAACGUCCACUUAGUCACGUACAUCCAAUACCAGUGCCAUUUACCGCACCCACUUUGCGCAAGCGCACAAAGCUCGCCGAGCUUCGAGGGAUUCGCAAUGACUCGAAGUUCGUCCAAUCCUGACCUCGAAGUUGCGCAUUUACAAUCGCGCGGCUUGGACCGUGCUGCCAGUAUGCGGGUGCCGAAUCUUGACAAUAGCUAUUCGAACGUGAGCAUGCUUCAUAAGAUAGUCCAUCAAGAGCUGGCACUACAGUGGGUCGUAUCGAGCGGUCGCUCUAAGGAUCUAGCGAUGCAAAACGCGUGGUUUUUGUUUGAACUGAUAAUUAAAAGUAUGGUAGAACACUUGGGGCAUACGCGCAGCUUAGACGCCCCGAGAAAGUUGCGAUUUUCCGAACAAUUCCUCGAUGAUCUCUCGACUCUUAUACAUACUGUAACUGCGGAAAUUAUAGCGCAUUCGACGAGCGAUAUAAGACACGCCCACAAGCUGAACGCAGCCUUGGCUUUCUUUUACUUUGAUUUACUGUCAGUGGCAGAUCGAGGGUACGUUUUUCAAUUGUUGAAAUCGUAUUGCAAACAGCUGCAGGCAAAGAUUGCUUCAAUACCGGAUGCUGCAGUUCUCGUCGAACUGAAAUUGGAAUGCGUGCGAAUAGUUUGCAGUCACGAGCACUAUGUCGCGUUGAACUUGCCGUUUGCGACACCUUUCAUGACUUCGGGUGCCAGCGUAUCGCCUAGUCCGAGCGUGACGAGCUCCAACAGUCAAACCUCGUACCUCUCAGGAGCACCGGCCAGUCAAGAGCGCGCAAGCGUUUUUGCCGAGCUCUCCCCCGAAUAUCGACAGCACCACUACUUAACAGGGCUUGUGCUGACGGAUGUUGCAACCGUUCUUCUCGACAUGCAAAGCCUGGCUCUGCACAACAAAGCAGUUGAUACAAUCAGAUCGCUACUAUUCUGGCACGAUAGCGAUCCUCGUUACACGAAUCUCGAUGCAAAACGGCGAGUGGCAGCACUUUACAUGCCUCUCUUAUCCGUGGCAAUGGACGUACUCUGCAUUUUGCAUCACUGGGGCAACGAUAAGACCGAUCGUUACAACACCGAGGAGAUCAAUACUCCCACUAACAUCAAUCAGAAUGUGGCCUUGGCCAUCGCCGGCAAGCUUCCCCACACUAGCUGCGACAGUUUCCAACAGGGUAGAAAAGCGGGCAUCGGCGCGGAGGUGACGCGUAAUUUACUAAUUUGCGUUCUGUGGGUGCUCAAAAAUAUCGAACGAGAAUCGCUGGUGCAGUGGCUGAGCGAACUAUCCACUUCGAGAAUGGCAACGCUGCUUCAUUUGCUCGACGCCUGUACCAGCUGUUUCGAGUACAUACCCAGAAGGAGGGCGCCACCUCCGUCGGGAUACGCGCACGCUCAGGUUAGUCAGGAUGUCAAGUCUCGAUUGGAGGAUAUUAUUUUGGGGCAGGGAUCCGCGCGUGAAAUGAUGCAAAGGCGGAAAGGUGGGAAUAGUCAGGCGGGUCCCAAUGAAAAACUGCGCUGGCGCAAGGACCAAAUGACGUACAAACCGGGAACGGAUGUUGUCGAUCGUUCACGUGAAGAGCUUAUCAGCGAUGUACAUCUAGAGGGCCAUCUAGCUACGGAGACCUCUUUCAUUGUUCUCGACACAUUGGAGCGUUGCGUGUCAAUUGUCGCAACUUGGGACAAUCAGCAGAAUUUGUUGGGCUUGGCCCUCACCGUACUCCUACACGCCCUCGGAAAAAAUCAAAGCACAACCGUUUUGCCUCACAUGUUCGCAUCGCAACGCAGCCUUGUUUUUAAGUUUCACAGUGCACUGUUCGAUGAGGAAAGUGACCAUUGUGCCGAUCUCUGUUUGUUACUUUUAAAACAUUGCGGUUCGAAUAUCGCAUCUGUACGAUCUCAAGCUGCCGCUUCUCUAUAUCUAUUGAUGCGCCAAACGUUUCAAAUCGGAAAUAAUUUUGCUCGAGUGAAAAUGCAGGUGACGAUGUCUUUGAGUUCUUUGGUGGGUACCUCUUCGUCAUUUAGCGACGAUUCCUUGCGAAGAUCUUUCAAGACGAUCUUGGAGUACGGCGAACGCGACUCGGAAUUGCAAGAGACUACAUUCCCGGAGCAAGUUCGUGAUUUGGUCUUUAAUUUGCACAUGAUUCUCUCGGACACGGUGAAAAUGAAGGAGUUCCAAGAGGAUCCCGAAAUGCUCUUAGAUUUAAUGUAUCGCAUCGCCAAAGGCUAUCAAAAUUCGCCCGAUUUGCGUUUAACUUGGUUGGCGAAUAUGGGUCAGAAACAUAUGGAGCGAGGGAACCAUUGCGAAGCGGGAAUGUGUAUGGUACACUCGGCGGCUUUGGUCGCCGAAUAUUUGGCGAUGAUCGAACCUCUGCCUCAUUUACCGGUGGGUGCCGCCGCUUUGGAAAAAGUUAGUCCUAAUGUCUUGGCGGAGAGCGCGGUUUCGGAUGACGUUCUCAGUCCGGAAAGGGAGGGAUUGUGUUUGGGGACGCACUUUUCCGAUGGCGGAUUAGUAGUAUUGCUGGAGCAUGCCGCCAGUUUCUUCCAUUCGGCUGCAAUGUACGAGCCGAUGAACGAUAUCUACAAGGUUCUUAUUCCGAUCGCCGAAAAUAACCGCGAUUUCAAGAAACUCGCAAAUAUACACGGGAAAUUGCAUGACGCUUACACAAGGAUAGAUCAGCUGCAAGGCAAACGUGUGUUCGGGACAUACUUUCGUGUCGGGUUUUACGGUACUAAAUUUGGCGAUUUGGAUCGCGAAGAGUUCAUUUAUAAAGAACCAACUCUAACAAAGCUGCCUGAAAUAUUCAAUCGUUUAGAAAAUUUCUACGCAGAGAGGUUUGGUACAGAAAAUGUGUUAAUCAUAAUGGAUUCUAACGUGGUAGAUGUAAAUGUGUUGGAUCCUGAAAAGGCGUACAUACAGAUUACGUACGUCGAACCGUAUUUUGAGCCCUACGAAUAUCGCUAUCGACAGACACAUUUCGAUCGAAACUUUAAUAUAAAACGUUUCAUGUACGCAACCCCAUUCACUCCGAAUGGUCGAGCACACGGCGAAUUACACGAGCAGUACAAACGCAAAACAAUCUUAACAACCGCGGUGCAUUUCCCCUAUGUCAAGACACGAAUCCAAGUCGUACAUCGUACACAGAUAACGCUUUCUCCGAUCGAAGUAGCAAUUGAAGACAUCCAGAAGAAAACUACUGAGUUGGCGGCUGCAACUCAACAAGAACCACCCGAUCCAAAAAUUCUGCAGAUGGUUCUACAAGGAUGCAUUGGCACAACUGUGAACCAAGGGCCACUAGAGAUGGCGCUGACAUUUCUGCCGUGCGACGGAAAGCCGCUUACCAGGCAUCAAAAUAAAUUAAGACUGUGCUUUAAGGAUUUUUCGAAAAAGUGCCAAGAUGCGCUGAAGAAAAAUAAAAACUUAAUCGGAUCUGAUCAGCGCGAUUACCAAAGGGAAUUGGAAAGGAAUUACAAGCGAUUCACAGAGAAGCUUCAACCCCUAGUGAAUCAGCACAAUGUAACUAUUACCGCACGAUAAUCUCAGAUGAUCUCCUAUAUUCUUAACUUAUAUAACGAUAUGUAUAACGAAUGUUUUUGUAAUAAACAUAUUUAUUCUAUUUUA